AUGCCCAGAGACGAUCUUUCCAUCGACGGCUUCAGCGACAUCAGCUUCAUGGCUCACCCAGAACACAAGAAGCUGGAUGCCACGGAGGUACUCGAGGAUUUUACUCACGUCGCGGGCAACUGGCACAAUGAGCUCGCGCAUAUCCAAGAGGAGAUUGCACACAAGGACGCUCAGGCUAUGGAGUGCACGGCGACAAUUGCCAAAAAUGACGCCCUCAUCCAGAAGUGGAUUCGUAGUCACGGAAGCCAUGUCCCAAACCCUAAAGAAGAACAGCUGCAGAGUAUCAUUAGGGAGAAUUUCGACAAGGCCGAGUUGUUAACGAAUGAGAAGGUAGCGUUGGCCAUCAAAUCAAAGACGCUGAUGUUGAAACAUUUGAAAUGGCUCGAUACGCAUAUUGAAGAUCUGGUGGAAAGAGGAGAGAUCCCAUACGACAGCGAGCUUGCCGCGAUCCUACAGCCUCAAACUUCCCGGCAGUCAGCUUCAAGUGUCGAUCAUAGUGUCGCUGCAGUGCCCCCUACUCGACACGCCAAUCAGUACCCGAUAAAAAAUACGAUCCCUACGCAUAUGCAGGCUCAGCAGAACAAUGCCGUGUCAUCAUCGGCUCCCGGAACGCCUAAUAACGCAGCGCUCCAACAACGAAACCGUGAGUCCUCCUCCGGUGCCAACAAUAAGCGACCAAGGUUGACUGGGACUGGUCCUUUAGGACUUCACCCGCCUAACAGCAGUCUUCUGCCAAACCGUGCUUCGUCUAAUGUUCCAGGUACUCCAGGGAGAGGUGCUACACCAGUCGCGGUGUCGGCCAGAGCAGGAAGCGCAGGCCCACGAGCAAUGCAGAAGAGUACCAAAAAGGUGGCUCCACAAGGGAGCAGGCAGAGUGGACAACCCAGAAAGUCAUUGAAAAAAUCUGGUCUGGCGCGCAUCAGACGACCCGGGCCCAAGAAUUCGGCGUCUUUGGUGGAUAGCGAAGGAGCUUCGGGCUCUGAGGAGGAGGGUGAUGUUGGUACGCCACCAAGACGCAAAGAUGCCGACGGAGAUGAAGAGAUGGGAGAUUUGGACGAAGAAGAGGGGGGUGAUACUAACAAAUACUGCACCUGCCAGAGUAUCAGCUACGGCGACAUGGUUGCUUGUGACAACAUGCAAUGCCCGUACGAAUGGUUUCAUUGGAACUGUGUUGGUCUCCAGAGCGAGCCUGUGGGUCUUUGGAUCUGUCCAGUUUGUAAAGCCAACGGAUUUGUGACGGAUAAAGCUGAGUGA